AUGUCAAAAAGAUUUUUUGAAACUGCUGCACAUAGUGAUUUUUAUUCUCAAUGUCGACCCACAUAUCCUGUUGAGAUGAUGAAUAAAAUUAUUAAUUAUUUAUCACUCAAAUAUACUAUAAACGAUGAUGAUUUAGCUAUUGAUAUUGGUUGUGGAACUGGUCAGAGUACUGUUUUACUUGCUCCAUAUUUUCAACGAAUUAUCGGAUAUGAUGUGAGCGAACAGCAAAUAAAUAAAGCAAAUGAAACUAAUACACAUUCGAAUAUUAAUUAUAAAGUUAGUGUUGGUAAUGAUAUUCCUCAUGAGAAUUCAUCAUUAGCCUUAAUUAUAUCCGGUCAUGCAGCACAUUGGUUUGAUCUUCCAUAUUUUUAUAAUGAAGUUAAACGAACUUUAAAAAUCAAUGGUGUUCUAGUUUUAUUUGGAUAUGCAUUUGUUCAAGUUCAUUGCCAACAAGCAGAAAAACUUAAUGAAAUUUUAUACAAUUUCUAUCAUCAUACACUUGAUGGAUAUGUUCAAAAAGAAAGUAAAGAAGUUUACUUUGGUCGUUACCGUGAUGAAAAAUAUCAUAUUCCACUUUCAUCAACUGAUUUUACUCGGGAUGAAAGUGUUGCAAUUAAAUGCAAAUGGUCAAUUCGAAGAUUAUUAGGUUAUAUGGUAUCAAUGUCUGGUUUUCAACUUUUUUUUCAACAACAUCCAGAAAGUACAAUUUUAGAUGAUCUUCAAUCAGAAAUAUUUAAAUGUCUCAAUGUAGACAAUGACGAACAUGAACUUGAUCUUUCAUUUGAUAUAUUUUUAUUAAUGAAUCGAAAAAGUGAAUAA